CUCCAAAAUGACUCGGGAAAAUAAAUGAGGAAUUUUGUAUUAUUUUAUUUGGUGCUCUCCGUUUUUUAGUUCUAGAGUUCCUUUUCGGGCUCCCUAUUUUAUUUAUUCGUUUUCUGCUUCUUGUAUUCCUUAUUUGGCAUCAAUUUUUAUUAUUUAUUUAUUUCAGCUAAUUAUUCUCACCUAUUAUUAUAUUCCUAAGAAAUAAUGAAGGCUCCAAUACCGCACAUUAUUCUUGUAUCGACUCUAUUUUUAGCAGUCGCCACACUUGUCGGCGCUCAAACCAGCAACAGCAACGGUGGCGGUAACGGUAAUGAUAAUGGUAAUGGUGGCGGCAGAGAAUCGCCGGACAGAUCUGUUGGGCCGGGGGAUAGUUCCUCGGCGAUCGACACAAUAACCACUAGCGUUUCUGGAAGCCAAAGCAUUACCAGCGUGCCGUCUACUUUGGUCACAAACUCAUCGAGCAGAGCGCGUAGUUCAACAAGACAGAGCCCGACUUUGGUGGAGACUGGUGAUGCUGACGAUGAUGGUGACAAUGAGGUAGUAACAACUACGACUCGCCCGCCCACUUCACCCUCCAGUGCAAACCCCACUCCAUCGGCUAAUACUAACAACGAGGGGACGCCGACGCAGAUACAUACAAGCACUCAGCAGCCGUUGAGCACUACACCGGUUGGCAGCAGCGGCAGUGGAAAUUCGGGAAGCGGAGGUGGUGUUGGCGUCGUCGAUGGCUCGGAAAGCGGGACAUCGUUGCCGGCUACAAGUGUGCGCACUAGCACCGCAAGCAACAGCAGCAAUGACAAAGACAAAGACAACGGCGACAAUGACAAUGACAAUAGCAACGCUGAGACCGCUGACAAUACGGCGGACGAGGGCGCAGCCAAGCCAAAUGAUGACACUGAUGGUGAGAGCGCUAACAAUAAUGGCAAGGGCACAUUAUCGCCGUCGUCAUCAGUGAGCCCCACGACAACGUCGUCAUCGGCUGCGGACUCGUCCUCGGCGACAAACCAGCCCAAACACAGCGACGGUAAGCUCAGCGGCGCAAUGAUCGGCGGUGUGGUUGGCGGCGUUGUUGUGCUGGUCCUGCUGGUGUUUGGCUGCUUCUUCUGGCAGCGCAGCCGGCGCAGAAUCGACAUUUACGACGAGAACGUAUACACGGACUACCCCAGCUUUGCGCCGUCCAACCACACCACGGCGGUCGGCGACACGUUUGGGGCGGGAGAUAAGCACGGCUUGAAAAAGGCGGGGCUGGCGCACGAGUAUUCCGGCGGCAGCGAGAUCUCAAGCUUCUCACACUCGGCUGCAGUAACGCAGCACAGCCAGCACAGCCAGCACAGCCACCCGGCAGAGUGCCGUUUACUGGCGGGUACGGCAUGUGAACGCGUUGAUUUAAUUUUUUCCAAGCAUCGCAUUGGCAAUAGCAUGAGCUGGAUCUUCAUAAUAUUGGUCAUAAUAAUAUCAGGCAAAAAUGAAUGUGCAAUCUGCACGGAAGAGUGUGCGGCGGGCAUUGGAAUAGUGUCGGAGCGCCGUUGGGCGAGAGAGGCUACGCUAAACAAACUCAGCUGAAUGCGCGUAACCAAUGGGAGCUAGGCUGGCCAUUCAAGCAAAAAGUGGAGCAAAGCGCGGAGGCAAAAGGUGUCAAUACUUUGCAUCUCUCCU